ACGCAGCGUCUUAUUCACCCCAACAAAGCUUGGGUCAGUUUUACCGCCUCUCUUUCUCCGUCUCUCUCUGUGUGCGCUGGGAUUGUAAACGGCAGAAACAAAUUGAUCUCCGUGCAGAGUAGGCUACAGCUACAGCUGCGCGGCUCCCUCACACAUCAUGGAUGUACGAUUUUAUCCGACUGCUGGUGGGAAUUCUAUUCCAGGAGAACCACCAAACCUGGAUUUUGCCCACUGUUUGGGCUACUACAACUUCAAUAAGUUUCAGAAUAACAACAACUACAUGAACAUGGCGGAAGCGAACGGUGCCCUGCUUGCUGCUGGUGAUACUUUUCAUACGCCCAGCUUGGGAGACGAGGAGUUUGAGAUUCCUCCCAUUACACCUCCACCUGAGACGGAGUCUGGUCUGGGUCUGUCGGAAGUGGACUCACCUUUCCCAGCAAUGCCGGAGCCCCCAGUUCCUCACAGGGGUCUCUUAAUCCCUCAGUUCCCCCCUCAGAGCCUGGAUCUGCCCUCUAUUACCAUCUCACGCAACAUGAUGGACCAGGAAGGAGUGUCUGUCAACAACGGCCAACCCGUGAAUGUUGGAGCGGGCCAUCUUCGCCAGUACCCACCCAAUCCAGCCAUGGUGAUGAAGUCCAUCAUCAGCAUGAACAGCCCCAACGGGAUGUUAUCGCGGAAUCAGCUGACCACCAUCAACCAAUCCCAACUCAACGCACAGCUGAGCCUAAACAUGGCAGGACCCAACAUCACCCAUACUUCCCCAUCACCGCCUGCCAGCAAGUCCGCCACGCCGUCUCCCUCCAGCUCCAUCAACGAAGACGACCAGGACGAAGGCAACAGGGUCAUUGGGGAGAAGCGACCAGCCCCCAUAGAUCCCACAAAGAAGCCCAAGACUCCUAAGAAGAAGAAGAAGAAGGAUCCCAAUGAGCCUCAGAAGCCGGUGUCGGCUUACGCCCUGUUCUUCAGAGACACCCAGGCCGCUAUUAAGGGCCAGAAUCCCAACGCCACAUUUGGAGAGGUGUCCAAAAUUGUGGCCUCGAUGUGGGACGGUCUGGGAGAGGAGCAGAAACAGGUUUACAAAAGCAAAACCGAAGCUGCCAAGAAAGAAUAUUUAAAAGCCCUCGCCGCAUACCGUGCUAGCCUGGUUUCCAAGGCUGCAGCAGAAUCAGCUGAGGCCCAGACUAUCCGCUCAGUACAGCAGACCCUGGCCUCCACCAGCCUGUCCCCCGGCCUGGUGCUGCCUUCACCCCUCAACCAGCACCCCUCCAUGUCCAUGUCAUCCGCUUCCCAGGCCCUGCAACAAGCCCUGCCACGGGCCAUUGCCCCGAAGCCUCUGCAGAUGAGACUAGGGGGCAAUCAGAUCGUGACCUCGGUUACAGUCUCCCAUCAGAACAUGUCCUCUGGGAUGCCACCGCAGCUGCUCGGCCAGAUGGGCGCCGGAGGGGGCAUGGUGGCCGGGGCCCAGUCCACAGCAGUGUCUCAGAUGAGCCCGCCGAUGCAACCGGUGCAGCAGCAUGCGAUGCAGCAACUCCAGCAGCAGCAGCAGAUGCAGCAGCACCUCCAGCACCAUCAGAUGCAGCAGCAGCAGAUGCAUCACCAGCAGAUCCAGCAGCAGAUGCAGCAUCAGCAUUUCCAACACCACCUCCAGCAACAGCUGCAGCAGCAACAACAACAACAACAACAGCAGCAGCAGCAGCAGCAGCAGCAGAUGCAGCUGCAGCACAUGCAGAUGCAGCAUCAGCUGCAUCAGCAGCAGAUUCAACAUCUCCAGCAACAGCAGCAGCAGCAGCAGCAGCACCAGUCCCAGUGUUCCCCACCCCAGCACUCUCCCGGGACGCCCCAUUCAGUGGGAGGCUCGGCAUCACUCGGCAGCCCCCAGCCGGCCCCACAGCAGCAACCACACCCCUCCCAAAUCCAGGCCCACGCCCAGGUCCUGUCCCAAGUCAGCAUUUACUGAGCCAAAUGGAAAUCCUAUCUCAAAGAACAGGAAUAGAAUAAAAGCAUCAAUCCACGUUGCUUUUCGAAGUUGCACUUAAGAAGUGUGUAAGAUUUUAGAAUGUUAUACAAAGAACUUUGUCCAUUGUUAUAGACGGAUAUGCACACGCGUGUACAGGGGGUAAACAUGUUAACUGGGUUUUUGUCUAUAAAAUAGGCUGAGCUAUGAUAGAAGCCUGUUAGGGCGAGCGCCCAGUGAUUGUUUAUUUGUUUGUUUGUGAGGUCUUUCAGUUGUCAAUUUAAACUGACUGGGCACACAAUAUGUUGGAAGACGUGUGUCUUUCAAUGUUUUAUUUAACAAUAAAGCUUUAUUUAUGAGGCCAGAGUUUUCAGUUCAGUGCAGCAAAAAGGACAUUUUGAAAAUGUUUCAACAAAAGGAUUUCUAUCAGUUCUUGCCUGGACUGAGUGACACAUAGAAUCCUUGCUGGAAACCAGUAACCCCCCACUCAGUCUUUGUUCCCACACUGGCCAGUAUAUAGCGAGACUUUCUUUACUCCAACCUUUCUCUUUCACCCAUCAUUCUUGCAGAUGAAACUGUUCAACAAUGGCAUGGAGGAAAUGUACGAUCAAAUCACAUCACACAUCAGAGGCCCGGCGAUAUUUGAACACAUUUAAACCGUGUCACAAAUGCAGACAAUGUCUUGAAGAAUAAGGGGAAGUGAAAAUAAAAAGUCUAGGGACACCGAUCUCUAGAUGAACGACUGAACAGACUGAGAGAGAAACUGCCAUAAAUCAUUUAUUUCAUCACAUCAUCAAACUGUAGCUGUAAUCUGCUGUACAUGUUUUGUAGAGUGGGAAGAGACAAGACCUCCUGUAUCCAGUAAUCUACCCUCCAGAUGAUAUAUCCAAAAGCGUGUAACUGGCACCUCCCCCC